UGUUGAAACGUUCCAUAUCCGCCACUGGUCCCAGUUUUGGUCUAGUCUGAGCGUGGCCGGUCACUGCGCGUGCGCAAACCCCGGUGUCGGAUGUCAGAGUGCAGCUGUUGAGCUCAUGAACGGCAGGACCGAAGCAUCAAAGAAAACACACCCAGAACAAGUGACUAGACUUGGUGUUAACCCGGGACUGAGGCGGUACGGAGGUGGUACUGACCGGGCUGAACUACUGCAGGGAGAGCUAACGGAACUAAAAGACCGUCAGUCGUUAUCUAACGGGGCUAAGGGGUUAACUGACAGGCCACUGGCUCAUGUUCACCACGCUGCACCGCACUGACCCGUUCUGAUUCGGGUCAGUUCCUGGAUGAUCUGAACAACCCCCCAGUCGGAUCGUCUCCGGCUUUCACUGACGGCUAACGGAGGCUAACGAGCAAACUGACAGACUACCGUCAGCCCAGCCGUGAUAGACUGCUUCUACCCGGUUCAGUUUGAGGAGUGGAAGCCAGAAUGCUGAUAGCAGCAGCAAGUGGAAACGCUGCCGCCACCGGCAAGAAAGCCCGACGGAGAGGCAAGAAACACCGGAAGGUCCGAACAGACGUGACGGGGCCUAAUGAUAUCUGUGACCAUCAGAGUCUAAACACCCCACCAGACCCAUUGAAGAGUUGCCCCCAAACCACUGAGCUGCCCCUCCAGAAUACUCCAGAAACCACCACAUCACCAGGAAAUAUGCAGAAGUGUACCAAAGGCCUCCAUGAAUCCACUAUAGCACCCCGACAAAACCUCCAACACACCACCACGUUACCCAAUGAAACCACCUUGCUGUCUUCCCCGAGUGUUCCACACACCCACUCACCAACGCCCCAAACUGGCAUCGAAACCACACCUCCAUUUCUGGAUAUAAUAGAUACCCCUCUUGUUAGUACCCUCCAGACUGCCCCACUGCCCUCUUUAAAUAUGACAGUCGCUGUGACUCCUCAGAUUUUCAGCCAAUCAUCCCCCAUCACAUCUCAACAUCCUGCUCACAGUCCCAGCCUAUCACCACCAACUGUUAAGCGAACUGUUAACCUGAACUCGUCCAGCCCACCUAACAGAACUCAAGAUGCCACUCUGUCUAAUGGCCGAACAGAUCUCUUCAAAUCACCUCCAACUGGACCACACUACGUUAACCACAAUGCCACUGAAUUACCAUCAGUGUCUGCCCGGUAUCCCAACAAAGCUCCUCCCAGUCCUCCAUUAAGCCCCUCCCACCCUGACCCUUUCCUGCUGACCUCGGUCACCUUCACAUCCAGUGUCUCCUCCCUCCUCUGCUCCCCUGUCUGCUCCUCUUCUGCCUCCGGCCUCCACUCUCUUGACUCUCUGGGCCCCUCCGUUGGUCUGGUUCCCAUGACGUCAUCUGUCCCCCCUCGACUGACCACGCCUCCCCUAGAGUUAACUCCGCCCCCUGCACAGCUGCUGGGAUCUGAUGAUGAAGAACAGGAAGACCCCUCAGAUUACUGCAAAGGUGGUUACUACCCAGUGAAGAUCGGUGAUCUUUUUAAUGGGAGGUACCAUGUGGUCAGAAAACUGGGCUGGGGACAUUUUUCUACAGUCUGGCUCUGCUGGGACCUGCAGAAGAAGCGUUUUGUGGCGUUGAAGGUAGUAAAGAGUGCUCCACAUUACACUGAGACGGCUCUGGACGAGAUCAAGCUGCUCAGAUGUGUGAGAGACAGUGACCCCUCAGACCCCCACAGAGAAACUAUUGUCCAACUGGUCGACGACUUCAAGAUCUCUGGGGUCAAUGGAAUUCAUGUUUGUAUGGUUCUGGAGGUUUUGGGCCAUCAGCUGUUGAAAUGGAUCAUUAAGUCAAACUACAUGGGACUUCCUCUGGCCUGUGUGAAGACCAUCAUCAGACAGGUGCUGCAGGGUCUGGACUACCUCCACACUAAGUGUAAGAUCAUCCACACUGACAUCAAACCGGAGAACAUCCUGCUGGACGUUGAUGAGGUCUACGUCAGGAGGUUGGCAGCUGAGGCAACCAUAUGGCAGAGAGCUGGAGCCCCACCCCCUUCUGGGUCAUCAGUUAGCAUGGCUCCCAGGGAUCUGCAGGUUGGCAAGCUGUCCAAGAACAAGAAGAAGAAGUUGAAGCGGAAAGCGAAGCGUCAGCAGAAGCUGUUGCAGGAGAGAUUAAUGGAUAUACAGAGGAUGGAGGAGGAGGACGGACUGUUGUUCCAUCCCGACGACACCGACAGUAACUGCUCUUUUAUCAUCAAUGGCAGCACUUCUUGCUCCGCUGCUAACAGCAAGACGAGCCCAGAGUCCACCUGCUCCUGGACGGAAGACAUUUGUAAUGGCCACACUCUUGGACGGUUCUCCAGCCCUGCCUCCGGCCUAUCAGGGCUCUCCAGCUCUGUAAUGUCGGCAACGUCUGAGUCAGCACUUUCAACCCAGUCAGGAUACUCUAGUGGACGAGAUGCAUUCAGCGCCUCAGACUUCGUCCUCAGUCCUCUGGAUCCUCUGAACGCCCACAAACUGAGAGUGAAGAUCGCUGAUCUGGGAAAUGCAUGCUGGGUGCACAAACACUUCACAGAGGACAUUCAGACCAGACAGUACAGAGCUCUGGAGGUUCUGAUUGGAGCAGAGUACGGCCCACCUGCCGACAUCUGGAGCACCGCCUGCAUGGCAUUUGAGUUGGCGACAGGAGACUACCUGUUUGAACCUCACUCGGGGGAAGAUUACACCAGAGAUGAAGAUCACAUUGCUCACAUCAUCGAGCUGCUCGGUCCGAUUCCGCUGCCCUUCGCACUGUCUGGCAGGUACUCCAGAGAGUACUUCAACAGGAGAGGUGAGACAGGCUGGAGGAAAAAUUGCACCUUGGGAGUUGCGAUUGACUUCUCCCUUCAGUUUUUAUGUCCACAGGAGGUUUCAUGUGAUCACAAACUGAGUCUCUCUCACGACCUGCCUCACGUCUUUAUACCUGUCUCAGGUGAGCUGCGGCACAUCUCCAGCCUGAAGCCCUGGGGUCUUUUCGAGGUUCUGCUGGAGAAGUACGAGUGGCCACUGGAUCAGGCGGCUCAGUUCAGUGACUUCCUGUUGACCAUGUUGGAGCUGCAGCCUGAACGCAGAGCAACGGCAGCACAGUGUCUGCAGCAUGCAUGGCUGCACACAUAAACACACUUUACUGUACACGCACAGAUAAACAGACUAAUACACAUACGCACACACACACACAUACAUUAAGACAACAACAUGCACGUUGUGGUUGAGGAGUGGUAGAUGUGUCUCACUCACUGUCAGUGUGGAGUUCAUUUGUUUUAGGAAGUUAUCACCUUGACUGUCGGACGGCUGCUGACUCCUAAAUGGGCUGGCUGACUGUACAGGUUGAUACCUCUGAUCUAAAUGUCUCUCUGAAUAUGAUGUGUUCACUGUCAUCACGUUCAGUCAGUGAGGGAAUAAAUUGCUCUGUCUGUGUUCAGGUCUGGACUAACAGGGUGUUGAAUAUGGUGUCCAUCAGGGAUCAGUUUUUGAUCCCCUGCUGUUCCUCAUUUACCUAAAUGAAUCAUCUAAAGCAACAUUAUGUCAAAAGACUGUGCACCAAGCCAACUAUGAACAGAACUUUGUGGUGUCAUAAGGUGAUGGGGUCAUGAAGUAAGCAAUUUUUGCUAUGUGGCAGUCAAAGCGUGCACAGGUGUUGCACAAACACAUGCUAAUGUAAUGCAUGGCUAUAACAUGCUACCAGCUAACCCCUUGACACUGUGCUAACAGAGCCAAACAUUGAGCAAGACACAACUUAGCAAGCAAGCCAACUAAUAUUCUUCAGUAGUCCAACAGGAAGAAGUCCAGCUCAGUGUCUACCUUACAGACUUUCACAAAGCUCUCGCAGACAGCUAAAAGCCAGUCCAAACUUUACUCGUGUCUCUUCCACAGUCUCCCUUUUCCCUUCUUAGCUUCCUCAGUCAUCUGCUGCUUCAGUCUCUUCGGCUUUAUCUUGAUGUGGGUGCAGGCUGGAGCAAUGAUGUCCCAACAAAAAGAAAAAAAGUAUCUGUGGGAACAUGUGAGUUUGGCUUUCAAGUGGCUGAAAACAUAACAGAGGCUAGCUAGUUUAGCUCUGUACCAUUUAGGACCAAGUUAGGGUAACUUGUCUUAUCUUUUUCCUAGCUUUACAUAUGUUGAUGUUUCCCACAGCUGCAGGGAUUAUGAAAACGGUAACACACAGAUGGAGGAAGAGAUUUAGUGCUACCUCAAACAGGCGUCUACACCUGGUGAGUCAGACUGAAAUCCUCCCCCUGCAGUACAACACUCAUUUAAUUAACUAGUAAAUACGCUUAGCAGCUGUUAAUGGUUACUUUAGCAACAAUUUGCUCACUGGGCCAUCAGUGACACUUCUAAUGUCCACCUGGGAUAAAAGUACUGACACGAUUCACCUUAUCACAAGUCAGGACACCACGAUGAGUUUAUUUUUAAGGUAAGAAGUUAUAUAAUGUUGCUUUUAUGUGACGUGAUGCACUACAAAACAAAGAUGCCAAACUCACUGCCGCAAACUCACUACAAGAUGACAACAGGAAACACAAGCAAUGGCUUAAAUUCCUCUCGGCCCCAGAGCAGCAGUUUCACAGAGAGGAAAUAACCUUGACCCCUCAAAGUGCUGGGGAAUUAAUUGACAAUUAGACCAAUAAGCAGAUGGAUAAAAUAUGAUCAGUUCCAUUCCCUAAAAUUAUACAUUUUCAGCUUUAAUUUUCAAUCUGGUUAAAAUGACAUACCUGUGAAGUGUACAGGUGUGUUAAUGUGGGUAACUCUCACGUUACACACUUCCUGUUGUUUCCCGCAGAAUUCAGUUUAUUUUUAACAUUCUUUCUUCCUGUCCAUUAUGAAACCUUAUUGAUUACUGAGACUCCUGAACCUCCCUGACGAUGAGAUUUCAGACGAGUACAUGGUAGCCUCUGAUCACAGUAUUGAUCUCUGUAGCUCAAAGUGGAAGUGAGUUGUUUUUGCAUCACCUCUUACUUCUCACCUGUUUCUAUGUUCAUAUGAUGAAUAGUGCCUUGAAAAUGACCUUUGACCCCAGCCCCUCCUUCACGUCACAGUGACAUCACCAGUGACAUAAAGAGGUUUUUCUACACGUGUCUAUUUGUGUGAAAUGUUUCUGUGAAAAUAAAGAUGAAUGAAAGCU